CGCCGUUCAACACACUGGCUGUGUCUCAAAACCUAGUGCGCUGACUACCUAGACAGCAUUUGUGGCUCAGCACACGCGUCCGUGAUUUCAAUAAACACUGCAGCGCGUUUGAUGCGCAAGAAUUCUGCACGCGCGUAACAUACACUAACAUACCGUCGAAGGCGACUAGGUUUUGAGACACGGCCAAUGACUGAUAAAAUGGCGGAGGAAAACAUCGGUGAAUCUCAGGAUGAGAAGGAAACCCUAAUAAAGAAGGAUGCACUGUCUCAGGACAGCGGUGAGGUUGUCGAGAGAACAAAAAACAAAGAGUCUAAACUGAUUUUGUAUCAUUGGACUCAGUCUUUCAGCUCUCAGAAGGUGAGACUGGCAAUAGCUGAGAAAGGUCUUCAGUGUGAGGAGAAUGAUGUGAGUCUGCCUCUGAGUGAACACAAUGAGCCCUGGUUUAUGCGUCUGAACCCCACUGGAGAGGUUCCUGUGCUGGUUCACAAUGACAAUGUCAUCUGUGACCCCACACAAAUCAUGGACUAUUUGGAGCAGAACUUCUGUGAUGAGCAUACCCCAAAGCUGAUCCCAGAAGAGGGAAGCACGUAUUAUCAUCGAGUUCAGCAUUACAGAGAACUGCUGGACUCACUGCAGAUGGAUGCGUACACCCAUGGCUGCAUCCUUCACCCAGAGAUCACCGUAGACUCCCACAUCCCAGCUUACGCCACCACCCACAUUCGCACACAGAUUUUAAACACGGAAUCUGAGCUUAAGAAGCUAGCAGCAGAGAAUCCCGAUCUUAAAGAUGCUUAUAUUGCAAAACAGAGACGUCUGAAAAGUAAAUUGUUUGACCAUUAUAACAUGAAAUACCUGAAGAAACUCCUGGAUGAACUGGAGAAUGUUCUGGUUUGUGUGUCAAGUGUUGAAGCCUACAAAGAGGGCAGUCAGCAGGCUUGGCUCUGUGGUGACUUCUUUAGCAUUGCUGAUGUCUCUCUCGCUGUCAUCCUUCACCGCCUCAAGUUCCUGGGUCUGUCCCGUCGGUACUGGGGAAAUGGGACCCGGGUCAACCUGGAAACGUAUUAUGAGCGUGUCCUGAACCGGCCGACUUUCCGCAGAGUGCUUGGACAAGUCAAUAACAUCCUCAUAUCCGCUGUGCUGCCCACCGCAUUCAGGGUGGCAAAGAAAAAGGCUCCAGCCUUUGUUGGUGCCACUUUAUUGAUUGGCUUGAUAGGGGGCGCCACUUACCUGGCUUUCAGUUAUUUUAAAAGGAGACUUCUCAUAUCUUGAGACAGCUAUUGGGACUGUCUCAACAUAAGGUAUGUUUAUUAUCACAUUCGGCUCAUAUACACUGUACCAGUUUGAUGAUUAUUGCACAAGAAGCACUUUUUUUUGCCAUAAUAAGAAGCAAAGCAGAGAAACAGACACAGUGCAUCUUUUCAUUGUUACAGUUCAUUAAACAGACUUAAAUGGCUUCAAUUCAUACUGUAGGUCCUUUAUGGUCAAUGUGUUUUGUGCUAAAAUGUCAGUAUUAAUGUCUGGUCACAAUUACAGUAGAAUCAGUUACAGAAACAAAACUCUCCGAUUUUCUCACAUCAAUUUUGUAUAAUCCAACAUCCUUUCAUAUACACAAUAAUGUAUAUGUAGGAUGAUAAUUGGUCUGUUCUGCAUUAGUAUCUAUUAAUUCAGUCAUGCUUUUCACUUAAUAAGUCAAAGGAUAUUCAAUACUACUGUAUAUGCAACAGUAAUUUCUCUGCACAGAAGU